CAAAAUCGGUCCACUUCUUCUUGACCGAAUUUUCCAGAGAAGAGUCUCUGAAUCCUCUCCGUCACUCAACCUUCUGUUGUAAUGCGACCAACACAGUCACCGGAAGUUGCCGUCACCGGUUUAUCGGAGGAUAUCCCGCGCGGUGUUUUCCGCGCGGUGAAACGAGCUGUUGUGAUCGGGAACGGCUGCGCCGGCGCGGAGAAUCAGUGCAUCGGCCUUGUUCGCUCCUUAGGCCUUGUCGAUAGCCACCUCUAUUAUAGUGUCGCUAGGCCAAGGGGAGGAGGAAUCAAUAGGUGGCUUCAGUGGCUUUCUAUCUCUUUCUUCAAAAGACUAGACCAUUUCAUCUGCAGCAUUUGUGCCGGAUUCUCCAUUAAAGCGAGGAUGCCCGUUUUCUCUAUUGGCGGAAGAUCUGGAAUUACGGAUGUGUUUGAGGUAGCUGAUGCUAAGCAGAUUGCUGCUUUGGCUCGUAGUACGUUUGCCAAGAAUGGCCCAUUGUUAGUGGUGGCAUCUGGUCGUGAUACUAUUUCCGUCGCAAGCUCCAUAAGACGACUAGCUAUGGAAAAUGUCUUUGUGGUUCAGGUUAAGUCUCUUCCUUGGGAAACCCCAUUUCUAUGGCCUUUCCUGGUGCAACAUCCAAGGUCACGUCUCGAGAGAUUUGAUCUCGUAAUCACUCCUCGUCAUGAUUAUUAUCCUUUAACACCUGAGGGGAAGAGGCAAAUUCCUUUCUUUCUUAGGCCGUGGGUAACUCCACGUGAACCUCCAGGUAGAAAUGUGUUUCUCACCACUGGCGCGCUUCAUAACGUGGACGCUUCUACUCUGAGAACUGCUACUUUGGAAUGGAAGAACGAGUUUGCGUCUCUGUCAAAACCUUUGGUUGUAGUAAACAUUGGAGGACCUACAAGGAACUGUUUGUAUGGUGUUGAUCUUGCUAAGCAAUUGUGUGGUAUGCUACAGAGUAUCCUCUGGAGCUGUGGAAGCCUAAGAAUAUCUUUCUCGAGAAGAACACCGAAGAAAGUUGCAGAAGUCAUAACCGGAGAAAUGAGCUCUAACUCUAAAGUCUACAUUUGGGACGGAAAAGAACCUAAUCCGCAUUUGGGGCAUCUCGCUUUAGCCGAUGCUUUCAUCAUAACUGCUGACUCUAUAAGCAUGUUGAGCGAGGCAUGUACUACUGGGAAACCUGUUUAUGUUGUGGGUGCUGAACGGUGUACGUGGAAAUUCUCUGACUUUCAGAAGACCCUCCAUGAAAGAGGAGCUGUUCGACCUUUAACCGGCAAAGAAGAUAUGUUUGAGAAGUGGAGUUACUCUCCUCUUAACGAUACUGCAGAAGCUGCAAAGCGCGUGAUCCAAGGUCUGGCUGAGCGUGGAUGGAAAAUCGAACGAUGAAACAAUAUGGGUGUAAAACUAUGGUUUUCGGUCUGGGAAAUUUUCAAAAUGGAAUCAUAACUCAAGGUCAUAUACACUUAGCUCAUUGGUUGAACUAGUAGUAGUAGCGUUUUGGUUUUGUUACUUGUUUGGUUUUGACUUUUGAUAUGAAUGACCUACUGAUUUUUUUUUUAUUAUUAUUACUUGUGUAACUUUGUUGCAAACUCCACAUCUUUUGGAAAACAACUACCCUUUCUCUACUUUAUUAAUUUACUACUAACAAAGUCCACUAGUGUUAACAGA